UGAGUCUGAGAACGAGAAAGAAAAGAAAAGAAAGAAAUCUCCUGGCGUGGCCCGCGGGCAUCGUCUCCUUUCCUUUGCAUCCAGCGCUCGCUUUCCCCUUCCCCUUCCCCUCCAAUAGCCAAUAGCCAAGCAAGAACCGGGACACAAGCAACCAAAGGCUCUGCCAAGAGGACAAGGAAUCCGCGGCCUUCUCCCAAUCCACCGCGCUCGCUUCCCCAACCCCCAACCUCGCUUCCCGGCCACCGCAAGUUCCCCGCAACCUCGCCACGCUCAGGCUGUUGAGUGGCCACAAAUCUGGAUAUGGACGCGCCUGCGGCUCCAGCCAUGGCAUUUAAAGCCUAUAAGUACAAAGAGGUUCUUGUUAGGGACUACCUGCUAGCAGACUCCUAUGCUCCAUACACUUCUGUGCUUGGGGGAAUCCUGAUGUGCAAAUUGGCUUAUGAUUUCACGCGCAUUAUCAGUUCAUUCAAGUUCAAAGGUUAUGCUUCUCUUAACAACAUGCAGAAGAUCGAAUGGAACAACAGGGGCAUGUCCACUGUCCAUGCAAUAUUCAUUACAGUUAUGUCAGUAUACCUAGUGUUCUUCUCGGGUAUGUUUUCUGACCAGCUGGAUGGACCAGUAACAGUUAGAAGUUCAAGCAUCUCCACUUUUACAUUAGGGGUCUCUAUUGGGUAUUUCAUUACAGACAUUGCCAUGAUAUAUUGGCUUUACCCUGCCCUUGGUGGAAUGGAGUAUGUUGUCCAUCACAUGCUGUCACUUAUGUCUACAAUGUACGCCAUGCUUUCUGGGGAAGCACAUGUAUACAUAUACAUGGGUCUCAUCACUGAGACUACAACACCAGGAAUCAAUCUAAGAUGGUUCCUUGAUGUUGCUGGAAUGAAAAACUCCAAAGCUUACCUUGUUAAUGGAGUUGCAAUGGUUGUUACUUGGCUGGUUGCAAGGAUAAUUCUGUUCAUGUACUUGUUCUAUCACAUGUUUGUACAUUAUGAUCAGAUUGAGAGGAUGAACACCUUCGGCUAUUUUCUGGUACUUAUUGCUCCUUGCAUAAUCUUCAUGAUGAAUGUGCUUUGGUUCUCCAAGAUCCUAAAAGGUCUCAAGAAGACGAUGGCCAAGAGGCAUACUGAGUAGUGGAAUGAGUAUUCAUGAUUUAAUGUACAACCACCGUCCGAUCAUCUGUAGAUCUGCUUACAUCUGCAUAUAGCUUCUGAAUAGUAACUACCGUAGCCCCAGCUCGGCUGUCAUGUUUCGGUGUUUGACUACCGAACCUUUCCUAGAUGCACCAUUUGUAUAUAUACAUCUGGUUAUGUCUGCGUUUACUUAUUUGUAUGUUGAAUCUUUUAGUUGUGUAUAUAUGCCUGUAUUAUCUAUGAGCGAAUUGUUUAAUUUU